AUGUCGCUUUUGUGGCAAUGGUGGCAAUGUGUCGGUUUGUGCGGGCUGUGCAACCCAGAAGGCCACCCGCCUGGGCAUGAAUCAGAGUCAGAAAUCGUGAUUGGCGCAAGUUUCCCCGAGGCAGACCAUGUGCGUGCUAGAUGGCCCAGAUUUAGCCCGCUGUUAAUGAAAGAAAUGUCUCCAUUUCUCCCCGUCAAGGACUUUGUUGCAGCUCGUGCGACUUGCGGGCAAGCAGCCGAAUCGACUGCUUUCAAAGAGCUUGUGAAGUUGCACAGGCCUGAUGUGCUUCAGCGAAAAUUCCGCUCUGGUCUGCACAAUGACGACUUGGGAAGGCCGAUGACGCCCAAGCAGCGGCUAGCAGUGAGGAGAGCGCGUGGCCCGCCGAAGUCUGCUGAGCAGCUGCUCGCCGAUCAGGGCUGGCUUCGUGGUCCCGUGGUGCGGCGGUUUGGACUUUGGGGAGAUUGGGGCAUCGGCUUUGAGUACACCUACGAGCUAACAGGCUCUUGGCUGGAUGGUUGGCAGGAGUCCUGGGACGCCUUGUCUCAUGAAAUAGCAGAGCGUGAUCGAGAGCAACGUCGCUUUGUGGAAAGUGUCAUCUCCGCCCUGUGGUAG